AUGGCACCACCAUCGCCCAUCACCACACAUCAGUGCUGCCCAUGUCACAGUGGCCCCAGUGACAUCAUCACCCGGGCCAAAGGCACAAAAAACGCCUGCACAUCAACACCACCCUCAGAGUCGAAGAGAGACUGCGAAGAAGGAGCUUGCCUGAAGCUGCUCAGGCACCAGGCCUGCAUGCUGUGCCACCACACCCAGGACAACGACAUCUGUGGGGACAAGAGAAUGAAGUUCAAGCUCUGUGUCCACACCUACUGCCAGAUCCUCGCCACUGGGCUUUACCCACGCGAGGACACUGGACACUUUCCUGUUGGGGACACCAGGCGCAUCAUCAGGGAAGCAGCCAACAAGGGGCCUCGGGUGCACGUGGCUCGGGCUCUCAGCUGGCUCUGCCCACAUCCCACUCACUGUCUGGAGAUGCAAACAGACCACAAAUCUCCACUCCUGACAUUCAUGGGGCUGCUCUGCCCUUUCCAGACCUGCUUCAUCUGCUGCAAGAUGGGGGCCACCAUCACCUGCUGCCAGACGGGCUGCGACCGCACCUUCCACCUGCCCUGUGCCCCAGACGGACAAUGUGUCACCCAGUACUUCGGGGCCUACAGGUCCUUCUGCUGGGAGCACCGCCCACAGCAGGCACUGCGGCCACGUCCAAGCCAGGACAACACCUGCACCAUCUGCCUGGACACGGUGGAAGACAACAUCUCCUACAAAACCAUGGCGUGUCCCGCCUGCCAAGACGCCCGCUUCCACCGGCACUGCAUCCAGAGACUGGCUCUGCACGCUGGCAUUGACUUCCGAUGCCCGCGUUGCCUCAAACAAGAGCCGUUCAUGACAGAAAUGCUCACCAUGGGGAUCCGACUCUCUAAGAGACCCCCAUCAUGGCAGAGUGACCCAGAGGUCGGACCCUCAGAUCAGAGGCAUGGCCGCUGCGAUGCCACAACGUGCCUUUGUCCAGAAGGCAGGGAGCAUACGGAGGCACACGGACCCUGGCAACUGCGGCUCUGCUGCUCCUGCGCUGCUGAGGGCAUCCACCAACUCUGCUCCACUUUGGGGAACAGCACCUGCUCCUGGGAGUGCAGCACCUGUGCUGCCACUGACACUGGUAGGCAACAAAGCAUUCAGCACUAUGCAAUACUCACAGGCACCACGAUGGGCCUGGCACCAGGGCCCUCGGCACAGCUUGGCUCCAGGAGGGCACUGGAUACCACAGCGGCCUCUUCUGCCUGCAGCCUGGGCACUGUCCUGAAAACCUUCCUUCUGCCUGCACCUCUUUGCAGAUUCCACUGGCAAAUCAGACUUUGUGGACCCCAAAACCUCGAGCACAGAACUGCUGACACUGUCCCAGGACUCGGUGCUCCUCAAGAGCAGCUGCUCUACAAGCCCUCAGCAGGCCUUAAAACAUGGCGACACUGA